AUGUGCAAAAAAGGAAGACCGAAAGGGUUUUAUACGGCUAUUGGCCUGUCCAACAGAAAAACAAAAGAAAAGAUGGUACCAUUCGUUAAUUUGCCGACCAAUGAUAAAAUUAAAUUAAUGUUAGAAUGGGUACUAAAAGAAAAGACUACCGCAGACAUUCCAGUCAUAUUAUCUGGAAAGAAAACAAUUACCCUGGAAAUUAUGCAGACAGAAUUUCAUCCAAAACUGUCUGAUCAAGACAACAUCGAUUUAUCGAUGAUCCAACACUUGUGUGGUAAAGCUGCGUGGAAGCAUGUUAUAAAAAACACAAAAAUUAAGAAGUGGUUUUGCGAAGUUUGCAACAACGACCUUUCCGAGGAAACGUCUGUGGGAUGUGAUGGUUGUCUGUGCUGGUGCCAUCUAUCUUGUAUUGGCAGAACAAAAAUGCCAGCAGCUAGGAUCUGGUUCUGCAAACCUUGCUCCGUACGACACACCGCAGCCAUAAAAUCAGAUAAACAUGAAAAAGAUUGUUAA